AUGUUCACCGUUAGUGAUUACUGUGUGCCUGGAAGUUCUAAGUACAUUGAACCCUCCAAUAAUCUUAAAAGAAAACAUGAACACGUUAAUCAAUCGGAAAAUGAAACAAUCCAAAAUAAUUUGGAAUGUGCUGUAAAUGUAGUGCCAUCAGUGCCGAAAAAUGAUAUCGGAUUAUUUAUUAGUAGAAGCUUAUCAGAUGUUGAAAAACAUAUAGUGUUGACAAACUUAUGGUCACCACCAUUGAAUUACUUAUAUCCAUUACUUGAACAACAUACCAAAAGAAAAAUCAAAUUUCAACAUCAUUGGUUAGGGAAAUUUAAUUGGUUAUGCUAUUCUGAGAAAUUGCAAGGUGCAUUUUGCAAAUAUUGUGCAGUUUUUGCUAGAAGUGGUGGUGUUGGAAAUCAGACUUUGAGCAGCCUUGUAACAACUGCUUGCCAAAAUUGGAAAAACGCUUUAAAAGUAUUUGAAAAUCACAGCAACAAUGACUAUCAUAAAACUUCUGUAUUAAAAGGUGAAAACUUCAUACAAUUAUUUUCAUCUAACAAACCAAACAUUGUUGAGAUUUUAGAUAGUGAAAUGUAUACAAAUUUUGUUUUAAUUAAUAUAUGCACUUACAGACUUAUGCACAAUGCACAUGCAACUUGA